CAAACGAGUAAAGCAUUUGCUAAUAUUAAACACACGUUCUCUUUUCUUACAAGAAAACAUUCGAUCAAUCAUGGCUGUUGAUUCACCUCUUCAAUCUCGGACGACCUCUGAGAAAGACGCGAAGGCUCUCAGUUUCAUUGAGGAGAUGACACGGAACUCUGACUCGGUUCAGGAGAAGGUUCUUGGAGAGAUACUCAGCCGUAACUCGGGUACCGAAUAUCUGAAACGUUUCGGCCUUAAUGGCUCCACUGAUCGGAAAACAUUCAAGACCAAAGUUCCCGUGGUGACUUACGAGGAUUUAAAGCCCGAGAUUCAACGUAUAUCCAACGGUGACCGUUCUCCGAUCUUGUCUUCUCACCCCAUCACCGAGUUUCUCACAAGCUCUGGGACAUCUGCUGGUGAAAGAAAAUUAAUGCCGACAAUUGACGAAGACUUAGACCGACGUCAGCUUUUGUACAGUCUUCUCAUGCCCGUGAUGAAUCUCUACGUGCCGGGAUUAGACAAAGGCAAAGGCUUAUACUUCCUGUUUGUGAAGUCGGAGUCCAAGACGCCGGGUGGGUUACCGGCUCGUCCGGUUCUCACCAGCUACUACAAAAGCGACCACUUCAAGAGACGACCAUACGAUCCCUACAACGUCUACACCAGCCCCAACGAAGCCAUCCUCUGCUCUGACUCCUCCCAAAGCAUGUACGCUCAAAUGCUAUGCGGUCUGGUCAUGCGCCACGACGUCCUCCGUCUCGGAGCAGUCUUUGCCUCCGGUCUCCUCCGCGCCAUAAGCUUCCUCCAGAACAACUGGAAGGAGCUGGCUCGUGACAUCUCAACCGGAACCUUAAGUUCAAGAAUCUCCGACCAUGCGAUUAAAACCCGCAUGUCGAAGAUUUUGACCAAACCGGAUCAAGAACUCGCUGAGUUCUUGGUAGAGGUUUGCUCGCAGGAUAACUGGGAAGGGAUCGUCACUAAGAUAUGGCCCAACACGAAGUACCUCGACGUGAUCGUUACCGGAGCAAUGGCUCAGUAUAUCCCCACGUUGGAGUACUAUAGCGGCGGGUUACCAAUGGCUUGCACGAUGUAUGCUUCCUCAGAAAGUUACUUCGGGAUUAACCUAAAACCGAUGUGUAAGCCCUCGGAGGUUUCUUACACGAUCAUGCCCAACAUGGCCUACUUCGAGUUUCUCCCCCACGACGGAGGAGCGGGAGAUGAGACCGAGCUCGUGGAGCUAGCCGAUGUCGAAGUAGGGAAAGAGUACGAGCUCGUGAUCACGACCUACGCGGGGCUAUGCCGUUACAAAGUCGGCGACGUGCUCCGCGUCACGGGGUACCACAACUCGGCUCCGCAGUUCAAGUUCAUAAGGAGGAAGAACGUUUUGCUGAGCAUCGAGUCCGAUAAAACCGACGAGGCCGAGCUGCAGAAGGCCGUGGAGAAUGCGUCUAAGUUGUUUGCGGCGCAAGGAACGCGUGUGAUCGAGUAUACUAGCUACGCGGAUACGAGGACCAUACCGGGGCACUACGUGAUCUACUGGGAGCUAACCAACGCGGUUCCUGGUGAUGACGUCAUGGCUAAGUGCUGUUUGGAGAUGGAGGAGUCUCUCAACUCGGUUUAUAGGCAGAGCCGUGUCGCGGAUAAGUCGAUUGGUCCGUUGGAGAUACGUGUGGUGCAGAGCGGUACGUUUGAGGAGCUCAUGGACUAUGCAAUCUCGAGAGGUGCUUCGAUUAAUCAGUAUAAGGUCCCGAGGUGCGUGAGCUUCACGCCGAUCAUGGAGCUGCUUGACUCUAGGGUUGUGUCUGCUCAUUUCAGCCCUUCGUUGCCGCAUUGGUCGCCAGAACGACGUCGUUAGAUGAGGCUUACGAAACUCUUUGUGCACAUUGCGGUUCGAUCCUAGCAGAAAGAUAUGUUUGCGACUCUUAAGACUAUUGUCCUAGUUUUCUUAUUAUGUUGUUGACUUUUGGGGUUUGUGAAUCGAAUCGGACAAUAAAAUUUGAAUUACGUA